AUGGAGCUGAAGGUAUGGGUUGAUGGUGUACAGAGGACUGUAUGUGGCGUCAGUGAGAACACUACAUGUCAAGAAGUGGUAGUUGCACUUGCACAAGCCAAAGGUCGCACAGGGUGUUACAUUCUAAAGGAAAAAUUUAAAGAAUUUGAGAGGAACGUGACACCAGAAGAAAAACUACUGCAGUCUCUCAACAAAUAUGGGCAACAAGUUAAUAAUGUUCAACUAAUACUAAACCGCAAAGGACCUUCUGUGAUUGAAAGACUGAUUCCAGAAAGCAGAAGCAAAAAGGAUGAAAAAAAUAUUCACUGGCAAAGCCUUCCACCCCUCUCAAAGUUGAGGAAUAAAACCGAAUCGAACACCGAAAUUAAGAAACUACACAGAAAAACCUUUACCUUUGCAGAAGAGGCAAGGAGUUGGAAAGAAUCAUUCAGCAGUUUCAGGGGAAACAAAACCACUGCAAAAAAUCAAAAAACUGUGCAAAAUAAUAAGAGUAGCAUCUUAGACUAUACUGGAGAUGUAAAUGAGUUAAUUCCUCUAAGACGGGAUACUCAGUUGUUGCAAUCACAAAAUGAUACCAAACGAGGAAAAAAUUUUAUAAAGAAUGAUACACUAAAUGAAACUGAAUCUAACUCUAGCCAAAAAGAGGUAGAGAAACUUAUUAAAUACAUUAAUUCUCAGCAAACUCAGAUUGAUUCUGUCAAUUCUCAACUACAAAGUAUGGAACUAGAGAUCCAGAAAUGGGAGGAAACUAAUCAGACAGACUGCCAACACAAUAUUGACAGACUUGAAAAGCUGAUUAACAGCAGAAUGGCUGAAGCUGAAGAAUUAGAAUUCUGGGAAAAUGAGUUGAAAGCAGAGGAAGUCCACCAAAAAGAUCUGAAGGACCAAUUUAAAGAGCUAAAUAACAAAGUCCUGGAAUGCGAGAAGAAGCUACAGGUAUGCACACACAGAUUGUCUAGACUAGAUAAUGAUAUCAAAUCUUAUAUUAUGAUGCAGAUUUCAAAACUGGCAGAUGAGUUUGCUUUAAAGUUUACAGAGGCCACAGUGCCAGAUAAAAAUGGGGCUCUAACAAAUCUAAUUGGUCUGAGGUCCUCUGUAUUUUUGGGCACUAAAGAGAUGUGCAAAUUCCGAAUCCUCUUUGGUCUGCUUCCAUCUCCAAACACUGAUGCUGCUUCUGCUUCUCCUCAGCCAUCAAAUGAUUUGAUUCCAGUUGCAGUCUCUCCUCGGUCUCCAAACUCUUGGCUUCCAGUUCAAACUGAUGCUGUCUCUUCUCAGCUUCCAGUUAGAGUCCCCUCAACUCCAAAUGAAUUUUUAAGUCCUCUGAAGAAAAGGUACACUAUUUUGUCUCAGAAAGCUGCUUAUCUCCAACACCAAACUGGAUAUCUUCCGAGUUUCUGGUUUGCUCCACAGCUAAGGCUGAGAUAA